GAUUGUAAGAAAUUUAGAAAAAAAUAACCUCCAAAAUUAUCUGUGGUUCCAGUAUCUGAAAUGAAAUGAAACGGUUUCUUCGAUAAAUAUAAUAAUUUUUAAACUUUGGAGUUUGUAGAACAAUAGGAGUGUUAAAAAUAUGAAUACCUCAAGUUUUGCUGUAGACUCUUCACGAGGAAAAACAGUAGACGCGGCCAAGACUUUUGUUCUUCCCGACAAAUGUUUUCAAAAACAUGUUGGCUGUGCGUGGGGUCGAGGAAAUAAGUUCACAAUAUAUCCUCGAAGCCAAACUGUGAACAAGACGCCUACAGAUACCGCAGACAACAAGUUGUUGAAUAUAAAACAGGACAUUCUGCUGUUCACACCAAUCCUUAGGAAACUUGUCAAUGAAUCCAAUGGAACGUACCUUUCGCUCCAAAAAGCUGCCGAGGCUGCUAAGGUUUCAGAUAACCAAGUGGAAUUUCUCAAACUGUCUCGGCAGUUCCGAUCAAUCAUUAGAGUGUGCUUAGAAAACCUCCAAGAGGCUGCUGCCAAGGCUGAAGGCAUUGAAAAGAACAACCUACUGUCAUACAUCACCAUAUUCUACUCCAUAGAGUGUAUAUGGCAUUUGUGUGAGAUUCUAUACAUAGACAAUAUACCCGGAGACAUAGUGUUGCCAUAUUUGCUGGAGUGGGUUCGGUUUCACUUCCCUUGUCAUGAGCAGACUGCUGCCCAGUUGCUGGGGGCUUGUGAGAGAGGAUCCGAAGACCAUGAGGACUACUGGGAUACUGUAGUGGGUAUGGUGGUGCAGGGCAGGGUGGAUGUGGCUAGAGCACUGCUCAAACUACACUCAGCUGGGGAGAGCAACGAGUUCAAGCUGGUUGAUAACUCUCUGAGGAGCAUGCCUGUUUACAGUGUGUAUGGGGGUAUUUCCACUGGGGAGUUCACAAUAUCCUGGAAGCACUGGCAGGCUGAGUGCCGGUCCAAGCUCAGUAGCAGGGUGCUGGCCUCACAACCCAAACUGGAACUUAUCAUGAAGAUUAUCAUGGGUGACUACUCGGCGUUUGAAUCGAUAAGGAGCAAGUAUUCUUCAUGGUUCGACAUCCUGGGUGGGUGGGUGAUGUUCACGGCGCCGUGGUCGCGCCGCCACGAGCUCGGGGCCGCGGCCGCCGCCUGCGCCGGCAUGCAGGCCACCGGGCGCUCACACCUCGACGACAUGGUGCGAGCGCUGCUGGAAGGCGAUCUGCAUCAGGUGAUCCAUGAAAUCCAACAAAUAUCAGAUAAUGGCUGGUUUGCGACACAUCUCACUGAUAUACUGUUCCACUGUGGCAAACUUACCAUCAUGGAUAAACAUCAGACUAACGUAACAUCACGCCUUCGAGACAGUCUCAUCUUAGAAUAUGGCUGCCUCCUCAUGGAACACAAGUCCCUCUGGUCUGUCGGCCUCUCCUACCUCGCCUCCUGUCCUCCAGAGGGGCUGAGGAGAGCAGAGCUCAUUUUGGAGAGAAUGCCAGUAGAUACUGAAGCUAAAGCUAUGAAGAUUAUUGCUGAAGCCAAGAAGUAUGAGCUCAUAGGUGUUGCGCAGUCAGUAUGUCGGUGUAUGUGCGCGCGGCACCUGUCGGCGGGGCGCGCGGGCGGCGCGCUGUGCUGGGCCAUGCGCGGCCGCAGCAGCGCGGCCUCGUCCCGCGCCGCGCACGCCGCGCUGGCGCACUACACGCAGCACGCCGUGCUACCCGCGCAAGAUCUACUGCUCACUGCCGGCUCCGCCAUGCUGCUGUCUGAUACACUACUAUUCUUAGGUAAAUACUGCGAUUUCCACAGACUGUACAAAACUAGAGAAUUCAAGAAAGCUGCUCAGUUACUAGUCUCUUUGAUUACAUCGAAAAUUGCACCAGAAUACUUCUGGGAAACACUACUGUUAGAUACUCUACCACUCCUGGAGUCUGAUGAGCCAGUGUUUACUUCAAAUGACACAUAUGAGAUCAUGUUGUGUCUAGAGCUUCGUUCCUCCAGCUUGGAUGGAGAGAAGGCUGACCUCCUCCGCCUGGCAUUAGCUCGCAACCUCGCCAGGACGGCCCUGGCAGAGGGAGACGGCACUGAAGAAGGGGCUCAAUGAUUGUUCAGAAGAAACAUGCCAUGGAAUUCUGUAUUGAGCCACAAAGACAAUCAAAUAGUGUGGGACGCGAUCAAGAUGGACUAAAUGUAGUGAUGGUCAAGUGAGCCUGAGGUACAUGAGAGAUGAAGCAAUAACAUCUUAAUGUGAGCUUCACUAUGUCUGAAAGUGCUUUUAUUAACAUUGUAUGGAAAAUUAUUCCAAACUUAUUGUCAAUGGUGAUAUCUGUUAUUUUUAUGUAAUAAAAAAUGUUAAUUUCUAAGUAAAAACGUAAGAAAUCCUGUUUACUCUCUGAGGAUGCCUCUAAACAUUUUUGUAACUGUAAUGUAUUAGCAUUAACCAAUUUUCAGACUUUUUGAAAUGUUUUAUGUGAGGUUAUUGUCUAGCAUAGUAAGCAGGGUAAACAAUCACUAAAUUCAUGAUAGUCAUGAUUCUGGAAUAAUCUAGUUGACAUUCCCAUUUUUAUACAGAUUGUAAUGUAAGUUAUAUACAAAACUAAUCACUGCCAUAUAAGAUAACUAUAUUAGGAGCUAAUAACAUAUUUUUAACUACAUUUUCAGUGUCGCUUCUAUACAUUUAAGUUAUUUUUUGUGUUUGUAAUAUAAAAUGAUUCAAAAUAUCAACAAGGAAAAAUGAAAGAAUAGAAUUAAAGAUUGCCAAAAAGAAUUGUCAAAAAAUAAAUAAAUGGCACCAAUUUUCAAGCCCUUUUCAUGUUAUAUAUUAUGAUAUUUGAAUUAGUUAUUAGUACAUAUUACAAAGCCAAGGGCAGGUAUCAUCAAUAACUACUAAAUUAUGACCAAAAAUGUUAUUUAGUUUCGGUAUUUAUUUGGCUGUUGAUAAUUGUUGAAUUGUACAUAUUACAUUACAUUAACAAGGUAUUUGCAAGUGUGGAUCACUUGAGUCAAUAAUGAAGUAGUAAGAGUAAGCAUGUGUGCUAACAGUGUUUGUAAUCAUUUCAAUUAAUUAAAACUAUUUUUAUAAAUGUA